CAUGUACUUAGAUUAUAGCUUAGCCAUGUUCAUCUCUAGUAAGUUCUUCCUCUCUAGUUUCCUUGCCCUGUUGAUCUAUGGCACCCUCUCAAUCCUCGCAAGCACCCAGAGUGAUAUCCUCUCAAUCCUUGCAAACACCCAAAGUGACUUCUACUCAAUCCUUGCAAGCACCCAGAGUGAUUUCCUCGACGCUCACAACUCCGCCAGAGCUUCCGUUUCGACAUCUCCAAGAAUCCCUCCUCUCUCCUGGAGCACUGACGCCGCGGCAUUUGCAACGCAAUGGAUCACAAGCCUGAGAGACACGAAAAAUUGCGGCCUGGUUCACUCCGGUAACAGAGCAUAUGGAGAAAAUUUAUACAAAUGGCAGGGAAGUCCUGGAUUGCCACCACCAAAUCCUGCGGAAGCCGUGAAGUCAUGGGUGAGCGAGAGGACAGACUAUACGUAUGCAACGAAUAGCUGUGCCGCUGGUAAGGUUUGUGGGCAUUACACCCAAGUUGUCUGGAGGAACACCCAGAGAGUGGGGUGUGCUUCUAUCACAUGUCCAGGAAAUGCGCUGCUUGUGAGUUGUAACUAUGAUCCACCUGGUAACUGGGUUGGACAGAAGCCAUAUUAGUAGCUUGGAAAACUCACUUUAUGAAGUGGUUUUCCAUGCAUUUUCACAGCAUAAAAUUGCCACAAAUCCAAUAAGUUCUCUUCUGCAAAGCAUAGCAUCAUUAGCAUGUGUCUAAUUUUCUCAUCGCAAUAAAUCAGUAUUACUUUC